UCAAAUUAACGGAAGAGGCGCGAGAAACAAUGAACGGGGAGGCGGCACUGCCCCGACUGGAAUUGCCAAAACAGCCAUAUAGAAGUAGAUACUACAGAGAUAAUGCAUUUGCGAGACUGCCAGGAAAACCCAUGACCAUCAUCUCCGAGAAAAAUAUCAACACUUCGACCAUUCUAAAUAACUUCUUGGCUGGAUUAGACAGUAUUAAUAACAGUGGUUCACAUCUGGAUUCUGCAUCUUGCUUUAAAGUCCAGCUUCCAAAAGAGAAAAACCUAGUCAAAGAAUCACCAACAGAUCUUCAGGGUAACAAGACAUUGACUGCUGCCAGAACUCCAUUGCAGGUACCUGAAAAUAAUCAGUCUCAAGUUGAAGAUUCUUUCAUAGACAAGAAAAAAGAAAGCAAUGGCUAUUGCAGUUCAAGUAAACGAACGCAGCUUCAGCUGGUAAAAGCAGCUGAUGUUAAUAACAAAACCAAUGAGUGUGCUGGUGGUGGUGACAAUAUUGUUAACCAUGAUGAUGAUGGUGAAAGAGGCUUUGUUGAUGAAGCAGAAGAGCACCAUUUUGUUACAUUGAAGAUCCUAGAGCCAGAAACAGAUGUGUCCCCUGUGGAAAAAAAUGGGAUUACUUACAAUGCAGAAACAUCAGUUAUCAACUCAACUCCAAAUGAUUCAGCUUUACCUCCAGGAUCUAAACCAAAUAUGAGACUGUGUUUUGACACCAGUAUUACACCUGUAAUCCUGAGGAGCCCUCUUGAUGCACUCACAAAAAAGAAUAUAACCCAAUUCACUUCAGAUGUUGAAAGACAUAUGACUCUGUCCAACCAUUUUGGAAAGGAACCUGUUGUUUCUGUAUUGCCACCAUCAACACAAAUUGCUCCUAGUACAUCAGCCCCUGAGUCUAAUGACUUUGAAAUUGAACUGGUGGGAAAUGAGAGCUUCAGUUUUGAGUCAAAGAUUAUUAUACCAAGGAAAACCCAAGUAUUAAGCCAGAAACCAGAAAAGCAAGAAAAGAAAUCUAGCUCAAGCAUGCAGAAAGAGAUAAAGAAAGGUAAACAUGAAACAGGAGGAAAAAAAGCUGUCACAGAUGAAAAGCAGGCUGAAUUACUAACUGAGCCAAUGCACUUGAAACCGUUGGAGGAUGAAGAAGCUUUCAAACUAAAUGAGCCAGUCAGAAAGUCUACGAACCUUCCGUUGAAGAAGAAUUAUGAGGAGCAGCUGCAGGAAGAAUUACAGAUUGAACCUAUGUCUACUUCUAAAGUAUUUUUAAAUCCCAAACAAAGAACAGAAUUUGGACCUAAAAAGCAAAAGUCAGGAACAAGAUAUGCUACAACUGAAGGCAACAGAAAUGCUCUUGCGGCAUUCCAGGAAGAACCACCUGUAGCUGUGACAGAAAAAGCAAAUGAAAUGGAAAAGCCCAAAGUAUCUCAACAGGGAGCAAUAAGUUCUGAAAACUUUGCAAAAUCUAAUAGUUUGGCUAAUUUACCUAAAACUGGAGCAACCAAUAAAAAAACACACAAAAGAAUUUUAUGUGCAGAAUCGGAAACUCCAAACAAAAAGAAAGUGGUAAACCAACCUCUGUCAUCAGGUUAUGCCACUUUGUCUAAGCUGUCCAUGCCAUUGACUGAGACUGUAGCAGACGAUCAAGAAUGUGGCAGGUUAGCUGAAUUGGCAGCAAACGAACUAAAUGCCAGCCUACUCAAAGGGAAGAACAAGAAAAAAAAUACUGUACAAACCUUGAAUGCAAAUGAAACCCCUGCGAUUUUGAACAGCAAAUGUGAGACGAAUAAACAAAGGAAUUGUGCAGCUGACAGUGGUGUCUUAUCCACCUCAUUAAUUGGAAAACGGAAGAAUGGACAAGUAUCACAGUUUCUUAAUACCUUUGGGAUAAAGCCAGCUGUUUCUGAAUUACCACAACCAAAGAAAGAUAAUCACACAGAUACAGCAUGUAUCCGUGAAUUUGAGUUUGAAUUGGAAGAGGAGAGCUUCUGCAUUGAAUCAUGGAUUACAAUACCGAAAAAAGCUAUAAACCAGGACCCAGCUGAACAGGAGGAGAAGUCUGCCUUGCCUGCAAGUAAAACAAAAAAGAAACAGAGAUUGCAGAAGACCGAACAAAAAAGAAAAAUAGUCAUUCAAUUGAAAAAGAAAAAUGAUGAAAAACAAUUUAAAAAUGAAAAUAAGCAAUCAAAAAAUCAAAAUCAACCAAAAGGAUCUGGGAGAAGAGCUACACGUCAAUUAAGAAAUAAUAAAACUGUUUUUAAUUCAGAGAGAGAAAAACAAGAAAUAGAAAAUUUAUCCUUAUCACACACUGAGCCCUCGUCAUCUCCCAAACUAAAAAAACAAAGGAAAAAACAGGGGGGAUCAAGAAAAAAAUCUGUAGGCAAGUCUGACAGAGUUGAAUUGCAAGAUGAAUUACAAGAUUUGUAUGCUAAGGAUAAUGAAAACAGAAGUGAUAAGCCGCUUUUCACCGAGCGAGAUAUGACUCCUGAGAAACUUGUGGAGUUUGGGAACACAGUAAAUUUGCCUGGGUUCCAUAAUGAAAAAGAAUCAGAGCCAACUUUAAUUGCGAACCAGCAAAUUCAAAGCCGAAAGAAAACAAAGAGAAUUCGGGGUCGAAAACCAGCAGUGAGAAAGAAAGAAAUAUCAGCAAAGGAAACUCUGCCAAAGAAACCUGACUACUAUAAGAAACGUUUUUCUUGCCAUGGGUUUGAAGAGGAUCUUCUACAAGAUAAUCCUGUGGAUGUAUGUACCAGGAGCCAGAGGAUUGUCAGACCACCACCAAAGUGGUGGAUAGUACAGCAUGCUGAAAACCAUCCACAAAACAUAUUGAAGGCAGACUAUUUGACAGAUUUAGAUGGCAGUUUACAAGAUCAGAUGGUAAAACCUUUAACAUCACAAAUGAAGAAGAAGAAAAAGAAGAUGGGUUUGAAAUUAAAAAGUUCACGUGCACAAACAAAGAAGAAUAUCAUACACAAUUCAGAGGUGCAAAAUGUCAAUGAAGAUGUUUCUGAAUGUGAUGUUUCUCCAGCCAGUUCACCACAUCGCCGUUCAAAGCACACAGCUCAAACACGAGCAGCUAAUAAAUGUGGCAACAGUUCAGUUAGGUCACCAAAUCACUGGUCAAAAUGCACAGGGCAGCAGGAAAUAUCUAAUAAUUCAAGUGGGCCGUCAUAUCACCAGUCAAAACUCUCAGGUUACCAACGCAUAGCCAGUCAGCAGGACAAUGGUUCUGAUAAAGUCCCAAUUAAGAAGCAAAGUAGAAAACAUAAGUAUUCUUCUGUGCAAUCUGUACCAAAAAAACGAUUGUUUUCUGAGGUUGAAGAAGAUAAAAAGGGAAAACCCUUCGACAUGCAUCUGCUGAACAAACGAAAAUCUACAUGGAAAUCAAAAAUUCAUGAUUUUGAUGUGCAGAACGAAAAGGAAAUCGAAGAGGGGGAGGAGAACUGUAGUCCACUUCGAAAACCAGACUAUGUUUGUACAACUUCAAGGAAAACUAAGAACAGUACUCCGGUAUCAUCAAAGCCAUCAUCACAGAAAUCCUCUCAAGAAUCUGUAGCACCCUUUACUGAAGCUUAUACUGACAAAAAGAUUCCACAAAGACACCUUGACAAUUGCAAGUCUCCAGGUAACCAAAGUCAGGUUCUAACAAGCGCAAGAAGGUCUGUCACCAAGCCUGUUGAUGAAUUUGCAACCAGGCCCCAGGUAUCUGCUGGUACUCCACACCAGGCUGUAAUGAAUUCCAGAAAGUAUAGCACAACUAAGUGCCAAGAUAAAACUGCUUCCCCGCAGCAUUCCGAACAACCAACAGAUAUGAGUGAGGAAGAUGACAGACCAGAACCUUGUACUUCUGUGCAAAACAAAAGAACUGUAAGGCAAAGAUUUCCUCACAAUAAUUUGCCUGUUUUUAAUAAGAGUGGGCCAGGGUCAUGUGCGAAUUAUGAAGAGGAGUCAUUUGAUCCAGGUGAAGAAGAUUUUGAACAUGGAGAAAUAAUGGACUUUGGUGAUGCCAGUGAUGAUGACAGUUAUACAAAAGAGAGCACCACUGAGGAAAAUGAUAACCGUGAGAAGAGGCCAUUUGAAAGAGCAGUGCAAGAAAGUUUGAAACCUACCUGUGUUUGGAAUGUUAAAGAAAGCAGUGAAGUAUUUGUAGACUGUGUUAAGACUUCAGAUAUGUGUGAUUUCUUCUAUCCCUUAAAGACAGAAUAUGAAGAUAAUAAGUCCAUUGCCAUCUGCAAAAGCUUAAAUUCACAGACAUUUUCUUGCGGCAAACUGGUGUUGGGACCGUACAAAGAAAAGGGUUGUCAAAUGGUUUAUAAAGAUACUAUGGUAUUUCAUAUCCUGAAAGGAGAUCUCGGGAUUACAAUAUAUCGUACCACAUACCAUCUCAAAGAGGGGGAUUACUUCUAUGUGCCUUCAGGUAACACAUACAAUGUUACAAAUCUCCAGGAUACUGAGGCCGUUCUGCUUUUCACACAGUUGAAAGGAUCCAAGAUGGACUAACCAGUUUGUAAGGAGCUGUUUUGGACCAAUGCUAUACUUUGUAAAUUUAUAAUUCUUUUUAGAAUACUCAAACCAUUUGGAAUAGUUAAAACUUAAAUAUGUUUUUUAAUGAUCCACUGUUUGUUUUCUUAUGAAGUAUGAGGAAUAUUGCGCUUUGGAAAUUGUGUUCAGUGCAGUUAGUGUUUCUGAGCAUACAGCUUGAUAGCCUCAUAAUAAAGCUUCUCAAGUUUUUACCAUUUGUUAGUGCAGUUUUGAAUAUUUUUGGAAUAGUUAAAAUGUUUUUUGUUAGGAAUUAAUGUGCUGUUAUGAAAUAUAUGCUGCUUUGAACAUUUAUAUCUGUAUCAUUGAGCUGGAUGAAUAGAUGGAUAAACAUGAUAUGUGAUGAAACAUAGCCUACAAUUGUGUCAUUUGAUGUUUUAGUUCUCCAAUUUUUAUAAACAAAGGUGAGGAGACCAUGUUGACUAAAGGCAGCUUCAUGACAAAACAUGUUUAUGGCAGCCGGGAUGAGAGGUACCACAUAAAUUCUUGCUGAUGAGCUGGUUACAUUUAACCUGCUUGGAACUAUGCAUUUCAUGUCAUUGCUUUGUCACAUUGGAGUUCUGAAUCUUAGUUAAACAAUGCUAGUGGAGAGAGAGAAGUGAAACUAAAUGAAAAUGACCUUUCACCCCUCAUGCUGUAUUUGGGAUUGAAUGCAGUCCAUUUUAAUAGAGCAGAAAUCUCUUCUGUCCAUUAGCUCUAUGGAUUGCCUUUGAAAAGUUUGGAUAUUUUCCUUGCUGUCCCUGCCAGGCAUUAACCACAAACAGUAAAUGAUCCAGUUUCGUACCAUAUUGAUGAUUCUUUUGACUGUGUUUAGAACAAUCAAAGAUUGCUAGUCGUUGCAAAUAGAAACCAUUUCCCAAUUUAGAAUGCUUCUCGUUCAGUCUUGGCUCCAUUAGCUGUGGAGCAAGAUUUAAUCAAUAUGUUUUAUUCCUGUAAGUUCCAAAAAGUGUGCAAUGCAAGACAAUACUAUAGUUUCCUUCUCUCACUCCAGCAUAAUAUGACCCUUACAAUUGAGAUUACCACUUAGUUUUGGAUUAAAAUAGUUUCAGUUAUAGAUUUUUGUCCAGUGUUUAAGAUUACCCAGUUAAUUUUACACAGUCUUGGAAUGCGACAGUGAAAAUUUUUAUUUUGUUAGUAUUAUCAAUUGUGACAAACUAAUUACAAGAGGCAUUUAUUUAUCCAGAAUAGUUUAUGCUAACUGUGAUACCUUUUAGGUAGCAGUCGUAUAUUCAGGUAUAAUUAAUUGGUUUAGAAAUGCUUUGGAUCACCAUGGGUAUGUGAAAAAGCAAUAAAAGAAAGCUGUGAAUUCCUUUUGUUUACUCCCUGGGUUUCUGUUGCUCAUUUCAGUUUCCCACUAAUAUUAUUAAUAUGGCAAACAUUUUAUUAAUUGGCAUCUAUUGGACCAGGUGUGUGCUGGUUGAUCAAAUAUUCCAGAUAAUCAAUGUAAAAACACACACUAAGUAAUCAGAACAUAUAGCAGGGAGUAAGUAUACACAUCACUGCUAUACUUUAUUCACAGCAUAAAUCACUUAAACAAUAAUGAAACUUUGCCUUAAAUAAAACAUACUGGCAGAGAGCCUUCUCACACUCGCCUUCAACUAACUCAGAACACCAGACAUGCUCGGACAUCAUGUUAGAUCACAGUAUUUGAGGAGAAAUUCCCUUUAAAUUGAAUCAACUGUCGAUAUUUUGUGUAGCCACUCGAUUGAACAAAAAGUAUAUUUACGUUGAGAUAAAUAAAUUAAAACUCUUAAUUAUACAGAAUAACGCAGUAAAUGUCCCAGUAUUUGAGCUACAUAAUUUUUACCUAGUGUGCCAAUUCAUAAGAUGCCAGUUAAAGCAAAGUUUGCUGUUUAACUGAAAUUCUUCGAUCUUUUGUACUUAUGGAAUAAAUUCUGUACUUUGUUCCACAUUUUGUAUCUACUGAACAAGAAACCAACUUCACCCAACUUUUUCCUUCAUUGUAUCUGAUGUAGUUUGCAUUCUUUCAAAUGGAAAGAAAUUCUGUCCAGAAAAUAUUUGAAAACCUGUGCUUAUUUUUGUAACAGCCAGUAAAUUUAUUGUAUUAUAAAGAAAGUGUUUUAUUUGAAAAAUGGAUGUUUGAGAUGCAAGUACUUAACUAAGGUGCAAAGAUGUUGAAGCAUCUAAUGUUUGUAUGUAUAUAUAUUAAAAAAAAGAGCUCCAUCACAUCUACCAAAAGUUGGAAAAGAUGCCAUUUUUCCCUGAGUACCUUGUCUUAAACAAAACAUAUGCAUUUGCAAAUAAAAG